AGAGGGAGAGGAGAGAAGAGGGGCCAUAGGACCGGGGAGUUAGAGCAAGAGAGAGGGGGGGGGAAAAGAAGCGCUGAAAGAAGCCUGACAUAGUUUUGUAAGAAAAUGUGGAAAAAGAUGUAAGGGAGCUUGGGAGCGCUCUCCCCGGGAUGGAAGACGGGAUUACUGGCCCUGCUGAAACACGCUGUGGAUGUCUGAGGAACGCAGCAGGAGAUAACGCGGGGAUGACUGGAUUCUUGCAGCCUUUUUCUCGAAAUGGGAACUAACUGUGCUCAGUUCCGCUGUAGUGCAAAGAUCUCCGUGGGUGUGUGUGGGAUGUUGUGUCAGGGCUGAAACCCAUCCCUCUCCCAUGAGCCUGUGUGCCCACACGCACACACACGGCGCCUCGACGCACGCACUCGGCGCCCACGCACCCACAGCCGGCACCGACGCUGUGAACUGCACCCUCGGAGCCCGACGGAGCCCGGCCGAGCCAAGCGGAGCCGAGUCUAGCCCACUUGGAGCCUAAGGAUGUCAACAGAGACAGAGCUACAGCCAGCGGUCAGGCCCAGCAGCGUCAGACGGGACUCCAGGAGGAAAGGGCAGGAUCGCAGCGAGGCAGCUCUCAUCAGGCGUUUUAAGGGUGAUGGCGUCCGCUACAAGGCCAAACUCAUCGGCCUGGACGAGGUCACCGCCGCCCGCGGAGACAAGCUCUGCCAGGACUCAAUGAUGAAACUCAAGGGUAUAGCUGCUGCAGCGCGGUCUAAAGGAGAACACAAGCAGAAGGUGUUUCUAACCGUUUCCUUUGGAGGGAUCAAGAUCUUUGAUGAGAAGACGGGGAUCCUCCAACACCACCAUGCAGUCCACGAAAUCUCCUACAUUGCCAAGGACAUCACGGACCACAGAGCCUUCGGUUAUGUCUGCGGGAAGGAGGGAAAUCACAGAUUUGUGGCCAUCAAAACUGCACAGUCGGCCGAGCCUGUGAUUCUGGACCUGCGGGACUUGUUCCAGCUCAUUUAUGACAUAAAGCAGAGAGAGGAGAUGGAGAAGAAGGCCCAGAAAGACAAGCAGUGUGAGCAGGCCGUCUACCAGACGAUACUGGAGGAGGACCUGGAAGACCCGGUCUACCAGAACAUCAGCCAGUUAGAGAUUUUCGGAGACAUGUCCACGCCGCCUGACAUAACCUCCCCGUCCACCCCGGCGUCCCCCGCCAACACCCUCGACCCCUCGCAGGGCCUGCAGCCGCCUACGGAACUGUUCGCUCCCUUCAAUCCUGCGUCCGUGCCCUCAGGUUAUGUGACGAUGGGAGCAGUACCUCCUGGCCAUUGGUCCCAGCAGGCGUUUGCUGCCCAGACGCCGCUAGCCUUCGGGGUCCAGUCUCCUCUGGGCCCCGUAGCCCAGGUGAUACCGGGCGGACAGCCUCUGAUCUGGGGCCAGGCCAACAUCUUCCCCGCAACCCAGCAGCAGUGGGCCGCCAUGGCGGCUGGAGCCUUCUCCCCGACAGCCUACCUCCCAGCCCAACCCGUGGGGGCUCUGCCGGCGGCGAUGUUCCAGACGCUCGCCCCGGUCACCACUGUGACUCCGGCCAGCGAGAGCCAGUCGGGCGCCGGGGCCAGCGCCUCCGCUCCGUCCCCGUCGGCUUCGUCGAGUCCGCAACACGGAGAGGGGCCCAAGAAAAUGGGCAAGGAGAUGUUCAAGGAUUUCCAGCUGGCGAAGCCUCCAGCCAUGCCGUCCAAGAAGGGCGAACAGCCCAGUCUAGCGGGAACCUCAGAGGCGUUCAGCUCUUACUUCAGCCGCGUGGGCACCGCCCAGGACACGGACGACUGUGACGACUUCGACAUUUCCCAAAUGAACCUGACGCCGGUCACUUCCACGACGCCGUCCACCAACUCCCCUCCUACGCCGGCCCCCAGGAAGAGCUCCCCAUCCAAGUCCUCGGCUUCUCACGUCAGCGACCCUCCCACGGACGCCACAGACCCGCCCACGGACGACUCGUUCGGGGAAGCGGACGGCAGCCCCAGUCGUAGCGGGGAGGAGGACGCUAAGGGGAAGGACCCUCUCUACGCCCAGAUCAACAAGGGGAAGAAAUAAAGAAAUACCCAGGAAGACAGACCUGACCAGCACUGAGUGAACAGGAGGAGAACCCUUUACCUCUGUGCGAGCGUGCGUGUGCGUGUGUUUGCGUGUGCAUGCAUGUCUGGCACAUCCCGGCCUGGCCAAGCCCUUCAUCUUCUUUUCCUGCUAACAACCUCCCAGGAGGAGCUUCAACACUCUCACACGCCUCCUCCUCCUCUCUGCAGUCGUUCCUCCUCCUCAGAGGAGCGAGCCCUCUCAGUCAUUCUCCACAGGCAGGAGGCACAUCCAUCACCCAGACAGGUCCAGCUCUCCCUCCGCCACGCUGUCUUCUCCGCUCCUCUCUCCUCUCCCCUUCGGCGACUCACACCCAGCCUUACGGACAUGAGCCACUCCUCUGCCUCCUUUCUUUCCCUCCCUCCGUCACUUUCACACCCUUUCCUCUGCCUAUCGCGUCUGACCAGAGACUCUGCUGCCUGGAAGAGACUGAGUCGAGCAGUGCCUCCCUGUUUGUGACACGCGCACACACACUUUGCACUCGUCAUGCGUAACGGACAGAACCUGCAUCCGUCUAGCGAGGCGAUCCCUCGGGGAGGUGCCUAGACUCUUAGGGAUGGCCCGUUACCGGGGAGAGGGGGGGAGUGGGGCAGAUCAUUGCUUCUGACUGGUUGGUUGAUUGAUUUUUGGGUAUUUUCUGCCCCUUGCUUGUGAGUGUCUGCUGGAUCACUAUGCAGAAUCAGACUCUCUGGGAGCUCCUCACACACCGACUCCACGCAUCCUUUGCUCACAGCAGUGAGCCUACAUGCAAAGACACACACACGCACACACACACACAGAGCCAUGCCACACCUUGUGUAACAUGCGUACACGCAGUAAUUUGCCAAACGUCUCUGCGGCGCACAGCCGGACUGGCGAACCGGACCGCUGGUGGAGGAACGGACCCCGGGAGGGACGAGUUGCGAGCUGAAACAGAUUCUGUGAUUGAACUCUUCAUUCUCUAUAGCUUUUGUACAAUAAUGAUUUAAAAAGGAAAAAAGAGAGAGAUCAACCUGGGAAAAUUGAAUUUUUAUUUUAUAAAGUCAGUCAAGCCGCUGGAGUCAGCUCUACCGGGUAAUAUAGAGUCAACAUGGCUUUACGGCAUCUGAGCUUUGAUUUGCCAAAACUCAUUUUUGUAAAUAAUGAGAAUGACGACCAUUCUGUCCGCUGGACGUCUGUGCCAUAAAAUGGGAAGGCUUCGGUUAUGCAAGACUCUUGAUGUUAAUCCAAGCAAUACCAACACACAGUGCCUUGCAGAGGUAUUCAUACACCUGACUUUUUUUUUCCUUCUUUUUAACACUUUGUCUCCUUACAACCACAAACUUUAUCGUAUUUUGUUGCGAUUCCAUGAGACAGACCAACACGAAAUAAUGCAUAUUUGGGAAGCGGAUGGAAAAGAUGGCAUUAUUUUGAAGUCUCGCCUCCAAUUUAAAUCUGAAAGGUUGUGCGUUUGUGUCUUAUCUCCCAUCUAACGGGUUCCCCCAGUAUAAAAUCUGGCGCUACCAGUUGCUUUCAAAAGUUCACUGAAAUGAAAGCAAAUUCAUGUAAAAGGUGGUUUCUACUGAACAUGCACUCAGCUCUUACUCUCAUAACCCAAAUGAAGAACGUUUGCCUUUAGAAGUCACCCGAUUAGGGAAUAGAGUCCUGGCAGAGGCGGCGCCACAAAGUAUUCAGUCCCCAUUUGCCUGAAUACAAUCUAAUUGAAAGUAUUUGUGUUCAGCUUCCAAUGCUGUUCAUCCUUUAGAUGUCACCUAAUUAGUAAAAUGGUUCAGCAUUGUUAUUCCACGCUGAGCUGAUUAGGUUUUUAAUAACAAGCGCAAAAGCUGAAAACCAUGUUUACCUUUCCUUCCACAUUUAUGCAUUAUUCCGUGUUGACGUAUCGCAAAAUACCUCCCGUCCUCAGCUCCCCUCUGCCCCAAUAUGUUUUGAGGUUUGAGGUUGCAAUGUGUCAAAAUGUCAAAACAUCCUGUGUUGUGAAUAUUUUUGCAAAGCACUGCAUGUUUUUUUUUUGUUUUGUUUUCUUCUUUCUCUCCCAGUUUGCUUUGUUUUGUUUUGCAGCUCCAGCUCCGCGCUGCGUCGUUUUCUUUUUUUUGUUUGUUUGUUUGUUUUCUUUUUGUGCAGCGUUUUAAACGAGAGUCACUCGGUGAUUUCCAGCUCUGGAGUCGCGCAUCACCGCCCCGCUUUGUCUUCUGAGGUCCCGUCACUGCAGAUUACGUUUAUGUCCAAAGCAUAUUAGCUUCUACAGUUUGUGUUUGCGCCCAACACCCUCCUGGCCCUCUAACCUCCCAUCCCCCCCACCCGGUGUGGCACAGCCCUGCGCUUUUGCAACCACAAAACAUUCAUUAUUGUGUUGCAGGCAGCACUGACUGACUGCAGCCAUGUCAUCAUCCAUUGCCCACUUUUGGUCAGGUGCCCGCCCCCCCCCCCCCCCCCCCCCCCCGCUACAGCUUCGUUAUCCGUGAUGCCAAUAUAUCCCUAUUUUAUGGCCAGUGUCCCCACGCCACUCGAAAGCUCUUUUUGGACUUGGGAUAACAAACUAGACAAACUCUGACACUACUAGAAGGCGAGGAAAGAAGCUAAAUAAAAACAAAGGGAACCGUUGCUGUUUGAGUACAUAAACAUUUCUAGACCUAUUUUAACUUUACCUCAGCUAACACUUUCUUAAUGUAAAUUGAAGCAUUAUUUUUAUCUUUAUUGAAUAUGACAUUCUACAGUGGGUUUUUAGAUGAUUUUUUUUUUCUUUUUCUUUUUUUGGGUUCUAUCUUGAUUUACGUAUUCCACCAUGUAUUAUUACCUGUUACAAAUAAACACUCCCCAAAUGAUCCAUAUGUCUUUUU